CAACCAGCGGGAGCCCAACUAGAGCGCCGGCGCUGCCCUGCCCCGCCCCCGCAACCACGCAUGUGCGCAGUUUGGCUUCGCCCAACGUGCGGGGCGGGGUGCAGGGGUCUGGGGCUCGAGCCGGCUGCGGCCAUCAUGGCGCACGUGCUCAACGUCAACAAUGAGGUGGUGAAGCUGAGAAAAGAAGUGAAGAGGGCCAGAGUCCUAACCAUUCGCCGGCUAACAAGACACAUUGGAAAGCUGAAGUUAAAAAAGGGUUCAGAAGAUGUGGUAUUAAAGAACCAAAGGCGAGCACAGAGGUUAAUAGAAGAAAUCCAUGCUAUGAAGGAAAUUAAACCAGAUCAAGUAACCAAAUUUGCUCUUGAAAAAGAAAGUAAUUUUGAGAGUGUCUGCAAAAUGCCCAACUGUACUGCAGUUGACCGAGCAAUUGCUAGGCUAGCAGCACACCCACUCUUAAAGACAAAAAUUGCUGAUAUUAAAGCUGCUGUAAAAGCCUUUAAAGCUGCAAGACAGACAGCAGCCAAAGCUCAUUCUUCAGAGGAGUGUAAAUCAGAACAACUUAAAUUGGUGAAACAUUCUAAUAGCAAUACAGAAGACCAAAAUUUUGAAUUAGUUCAAAAACAGAAAGAGGGCGGAAACAAAACGAAGGCGAAUGUGAAAACAGAUACAAACAUACAGGGUAAAGAAAUCGGUGAGAAAAAGUCCAAUCAGGAGACUUUGGACGCUGAGAGAACAUGCAAUCCAGAUGAUCUUCCAUUCCCAGCUUUGGAAACGCAGGCAGUCGUUCAGGCUGAAACAGAAAAAAGAAUUGACAGGCCCAAAAAAAAGAAACUUACAGGUGUGAACAAGGUUAUUGCUACUAAAGAGUCAGAUAGCGAUGUUAGUGAUAUUGAAGAAAAUGACAAACAUAAGGAAUACUUUGAUGACAGCACUGAAGAGAGGUUUUAUAACCAGUCGUCAGAUUCUGAAGAUAACGAUAGCAGUGAUGAUUUCUUUAUCAGCAAAGUAAAGCAGAAAAAAAGGAGGAGAGUGGCAGACUCUAACCAUUCUUCAGCAAAGAAAAUACCCCCAAAAAUGUUACUAAAAGCAGAAAAGGACUCGGAAUUUGUGACAAGAAAGGAUGUGAACACAGAAGGAAACAACCCAAGUGCUAAAGCAAGGAAGCUAGAAUCUGUAUUUUGCUCUUCUUUGUCCAGCUCUCAACAGAAAUCCAAAAAUAUGAGGAGAAAUGUAAAGGAACAGCUUCCCAAAAACAGAAGAACAGCUUUUCCGAAAAUGGAACCAGAGUUCAGGAAACACCAGCUUGCUAAAGCUGCAGGUAUAAAGCAUGAAAAUAAGAAAGAGCAUUUGCAGCAACCUCUUCAUCCUUCAUGGGAGGCAAGCAAGAAACGUCAGCAACAGGUGUCUCAAAUUACAGCAUUCCAGGGGAAAAAGAUUAAAUUUGAUGAUGACUGAACUUUUUUCAUGUGAAUUCAGAUUUUUAAAGAUCAUUCUGAAGAUUCAGAUUUUAAAGAAGAUAAAGUUCACAACUGACAAUAUUUACACAUGAAGUAGCUGUGUAUUUGGACUGGAGAGUACUUCUUAUUUUUGGUUAAAAUAAUACAUACAAUGUUGUUUAAAAGCUGAACAUUCUGCAGUGCUUGAGAACUACAAAAGUCUCUUUUUUCAAAAAAAUAUUUACAAUUUUUUCCUAUAUUAUUUUCAUUAUAUUGUCCUGAUCUUGUGAAAUGUGAUGUAAAUUUAAAAAACCUUUUUGGCAUAAAAUACCUAUCCCAGAUUCACUCAUUUCAUGUGCUUUAUGAAUAGACUGAUUGGAAGUUCACAUGGUAUGGCUUUAAGGGUUGCCACCUGUGAAAUGCUGAUGAAAGUGAGCAAGUAGAUCUAUGGAUGGAGUUUGUAUCCUGUAGCGUGACAGGUUUUCUUUGUUUUCUAUAUUGGUAUUUUUGUUAUGUAAAGUUAGUUCAAGAUUGCUAUUUAAGGACCUCAAUAUGAGACGCUAUGGGAAAAACAAGUGUUUUUUUAUCUAUGAAAAGACGUUAAUAUUCCUUAAUAUGAACUGUAUUAGAAAUUGUGUAAAAAAAGUAUACACUUACUUCAUCUGGGAGAAGUUCAGAAGUCUAUUACCUGAAUAAGUUUGAAUAAGUUUGAUAAAUUUAUAAAUGUGUCAAGGAAGAAAUGCCAGGUAGUUUUCAUAGAAUAACAAAUUCUAGGUAGGAAUAAAGAUUUAACCUUUUAAAAAAACAAUGCCCAUCUCUGAUUAAAUUAGUAGCUUAGAUAACUGGCAUAGUCAUGUGUAUUCUUUUCUGAAGGAACUCUUCAGUGUUCCUCAUUUUACAUCAUUUAUACUUAGUUGCACAAUUAGGUUUCAUCCAACCAAAUUCCUAAAUAUUAAAAUUAGAAAUGAGAGUGUAAAGAAAAAUGUGCCUUCCAAUCCAUUUUCCUGAUUUGUUCCUCCAAAGAGUUUCUUGUUCUUUCAGUCCUCUUAAAUCAGUGGUCUCUAACUUUUUUAUGGUGAAGAUCACUUUUUAACAUCUGAGAUCUACGCUCCCCCCCCCCCCCCCAAACGCCCCGGUCCUCCCCCACACCGGACAAGCCACCGGGGCUCAUCCAGCCCUCCCAGGCAGCAGGAGAUGUGUCUCAGCCCAUCCACAUGUGUCCUGGCACUCCUGAUCGUGGAGCCUCUGACAGACUGUCAGAGGCUCCACAAUCGGCCAGUUGAUCUCAAUCAACUGGUUGGUGACCACUGUCUUAAAUGGUAGAAAGGAUAUUGAAUGGAGAUAGCUGUUUGGUUUUUUUUUCAAAUUAGUUGUUUGAAAAAGAUCUAUAAAUGUUACUGUAAUUUCUUACACAUUAUAGUUUAACUUACUGUGCUACUCUCCUUCACAAACUUUGAAUGAAUUCCCAGAGCUUGUAUUACAGCACUAGGGUUAAGAUGUUGGAAUUUGCAGGUCAUAUAACAUACUGGUAUUUAGGUCCAAAUGAAGUUUUCUCUUUCUGAAUGGGUGAGAAUAUUGGAUUGUGUGUGUUCCAGGUUGUUUUUUCUUCUCACUGCAUUGAUUGAAACAGUCUCUUUGUGUGGUACAUAAGGAAAGUUUAUACCUGUUCUGAAGAAUUCAAGCCACCCUUCUAGCAUUAGCGUCAAAGUAAUCUUGCUGUAUGUAAGCAGCCAUUGCCUGUACUUAGGAACUAGGUUUGUUGUAUUUUUGACCAUGUGUUUUUCUUCAGGGAAAAUCAUGUUCUGAAGGGGAAAAAAAGCCCUAUCCUUUACAUCAUAUAGCCAGGGCACACUUUAUAUAUUUUCUAGAUAAGAAUCCUUUUUUAAGGAUUAGUUCUAGUUCAAACAAUUUGAUGUACAUUUUUUUCUGGUUUCAAUAAAACACAGGAAAUGCUUUCUCUCCUUUUGUUAGCUGUUAUCACUUAUAAAAUGCUUCUUCACAGACUGCUAAUAUUUUCUGGGCAGCUGGAAGUUUCCCAAUUUUGACUCUUGUUAUUGAGCAAAUGACUGAAAGAAAAGCUGUAAAUUUGAAAUGUUCUACAAUACAUAGUUAGAAGCUGAUUAAAGGUAAGAAUUUUUGAUCCUAAAGCAUGUUUUUGUGUGUUUUUACAUGUCCCUCAGGUGCCAGUUCUUCUUGGCAGAUAAGGAUUCAGAAAGAGACUUUCUAAAAGCUAUAGUCUCUAACCAUAAGGAUAUUCCUGAAGUCUCUUGAUAUAUCAGAGCAUCUUUCUUUUUAGUAAAAAGGCUUUUUAAUUUUUCACAGGUAGAUCCUGAUCACAGACAUCAAUAUUAUUCCACAUUUCAGUAUUCAUUGAUUACAGUUUGCAUCUACAUAAAUGAGAAGUGAGAGGUGUUUUUUACUGCCUUCCAUGCAUAUUAUGCAUUAUUACCAUUUAGGUGAGGACUCUAAGCACCACUUACGUCACUAUUGUGGUAGUUACUGAAUUGAAUGUGUAGUAAUGGUUGAGAUUUGAUUUGUUACAGGCUUGUAAUUUCUGAAAUUUCUCAUAAUAUGGAUCACUUAGCAAAACAUAUACAUCUUUAUGUAAGUCUACAGUGAAGUUAUGUAAUUGUUUGAAUAUUUGUUUUUAAUAAUGAUCUUCUACUGAAAAGGAAUGUCCUUCUUUGACUAUUUAUUGUUAACUCCUAACAAGCUUUAGCCAACUUGUCAGUACAAAACAACAUCAUUUUUAGUAAAGUUAGAGAAGUGAUGCUCUCAGUUUCAAUCCAUGUUAUCAGAAACUUAUUAGACUGCACUUCAGGCAUGUAUCAAUAGCUUAAAAUGGAAAUAUUUUAAGAGAAAUUGAAGUACUUGAAGAAAACUGAUAGAAAAAUGAUGACAUUACAUUUUCAAGUUACUUUAUAAGAAAACAAAUUAUGGCAAUACUAAUACUGCUAUCCCUAUUUAAAGAUUUAAAAGUAGACACACAUACAUGUUAAAUUAUAUGUAGGGGAUUUAGAUAGUUACUGAGAUUAGGCCCAGAACCAACAUGGAUUUCAGUGACUUCAUUGGGUUUUGGAAUCAGGCUGAUUGGUUCCAAGUUUAGAUCUGUCAUUAUCUCAUUCUUUGAUGUCAGGCAUAUUGUGUAACCUUAAGCUGUAAAUCUUAUGUUCUAAGAGGUCCAGAAUGUAAGCAGUUACUGAAAUAUAUGCGAAACUCUUUGCUCUUCAAAGUAUCUGAAGUAUAUUUUCUGCUGUUGUCUAUACUAGAUACCUUAAGGUGCAUGGAUUGUUAGGCCCGGGAUUGUAUUUCAGGUCAAGAAGCCAUGCUUGUAUUGGGAUACAGUUAAGUUGUAUUUCCUAAUGAUCUUCUGUAUCUUGUCGUGGAAUUGAAAUUCUGUUGUGGUUUCUAGGUUCCCACAAAAACUCUGCUUCUGCUACUUUGGUAAGAUAACUUUGUGUCCCUAGUAAAGUGUGUUGACUUAGCUGUACCACAGACCAAUCCACUGUUCUUGUAUUGUUAGGCAUUACAGUAAUACAGUUACUUCCAUGUUU